AUGAUCACACUCCCAGCUACCAUGAAGGCUCUUAGAUACGAGCAGCCAGAAAAAUUCGGAAUCGUCGAAGUUCCACUGCCUACAGUUAGAGAUGGUGAUAUCCUGAUUAAAGUCAGAGCCUGCGGUGUAUGCGGUACAGACUUGCACAUCCACGAAGGCGAAUUCAUCGCCAAGUUCCCUCUUAUCCCCGGUCAUGAAACAGUCGGUAUCGUCGCAGCUGUUGGCAAGGAUGUUAAAGGAUUCACAGUCGGCGAGCGAGUUGUUGCUGAUAACUCAGAACUCUGCAAUGAGUGCUUCUACUGCCGUCGAGGACAGCUAUUGCUGUGUGAGAACUUCAAUGCUCACGGUGUUACAAUGGACGGUGGUUUCGCGGAAUACUGUGCCUACCCAGCUGGCAAGGUCUUCAAGAUCAAAAAUCUCAGCGACGUUGACGCUACUCUCCUCGAACCCGCUUCUUGCGCCGCCCAUGGCCUCGAGAAGAUUGCUCCAAAGCUCGGCUCUUCAGUUUUGAUGUUCGGUGCCGGCCCAACAGGCCUCGUACUUUCACAGAUGCUUCGACAGAACGGCGGCUGCCACGUUGUUAUGGCUGCACCCAAGGGUCUCAAGAUGGACCUCGCCCGUGAAGUAGAGGCUGCAGAUGAGUACAUCGAUCUCUCAAGAGAUAAAGCUGAGAGUGCGAAGCAAUUGGAGCAAUUGAAGGCCGACAACCCAUAUGGAUUUGACAUCGUUGUUGAGGCGACCGGUUCUCCUGCUAUCCUGGAGGAAUCAAUUAAUUACGUUCGUCGUGGAGGUAAAUUAGUGGUUUAUGGUGUUUACUCGAGCGCCGCAAGAGUUACAUGGUCGCCAUCCAGGAUUUUUGGUGACGAAUUAACUAUCAUUGGAAGCUUUUCGGAGACUUACAUGUUUCCAGCGGCUAUCAGCUAUUUGGACUCCGGCAAGGUCAAAGUUAAGGGUAUUGUCAAUAAGGUCUUCAAGCUCGAACAAUGGGAAGAAUGUCUCGAGUCUAUGAAGAACAAGAGCGCAAUCAAAGCCGCUAUUGUUUUCGACGAUGCUACCGCGUAA